UCUCCCCAUCGCAUCGGAGCCGCCACCGCGGCGAUGACGCCUCCCUUCCGCCCAUCGCCCUCCGAUGGCUCUACCACCCGUGGCUGCGGCGGAGACCGUUGCGCAUCCGGCCGCGACGCCUGGCCGCUUCACCACGUCCGCCACGACGGCGUCUUCUGCCGCCUCUGCUCCUCCUGUGUCCUCCUCUACCACCCCGCCGCCUUCUGCUCCACCUGCCUCUUCCUCCUCCCGCCCGCCAACGCCACCGGCGCCGCCCAGGAGCCGCGCCUCGAUCCCAUCCUCUCUCCGCCGGGACCUACUGCCGCCUGCUCCAGCUGCGGCCUCUUCGUCGCGCACCACUCGUGCGUCCCGGACCCCGCCUCCUUCGUCUGCCCCUCUUGCGCCGCCGCAGCCGGGGGCAAGCCCUUCUCCUACACGCCCGCCGGAGGCGGCUGGCGCGCGCUGGACGAGCGCGCCGCGCGCAUCCUUCUCGCCGCCGCGCGGCUGGCGCACGAGUCCGUCGCGAGCGCCGCUGAUGCGGCCAGGGAGGAGGCGGAGCGCUUCGCCAGGGAAGCGGCCGCGGCGCGGAAGCGCUCCCGCGAGCUGCUCGACGCGGCCUUCCGCGCGGUCGAGUCGGAGGCAAGGGAAGUCGAGAUGCCCGUGACGGCAGCGCCGCCGCCCAAGAAGAAGAUUCCGAAGAGUAGCGAGGCGAACAGAGACUCUAGAGACAAGCUGCUCAAGCUCAAUGCCAUGCAGCAGCCGGCGCUAGCAUUCGCCGCGGCCGCUGCCGCUGCCGCUGCAGCCAGCUCAAUGCCAUUGUCGAUACCAUCCUCCAGGGAUGACAAGAAGCCGAGGAAACAGGAAGCACAGGGUGAGCCAGCAUUGAGCCGCAUCAAGAUGGGGAGCUGAUCGUUCUUUGCAUUGGUUGGGAACGGAUGUAAUUCUUGCAGGUUCAGCAGACAGAUCAUUGAAAGAUGAUCGCCCCCCACUCCCAUUGUGACCUUGAAUCGUAGAUAUGAGCCUUUGGCUGCUUCUGCCAUGCUAUUAUUCUUCUGUGUAGCUGUGAGCCUAGAAGGACAAGUCCAGAGAUUGAAUCUCAGCUGGGAGGUCCGCUUCACUGUAAAUUCUAGUCUUUCUAGUCUUGAUACAAGACUGUGUUAGACGAUCCUUGCAUCAAUUGUAGGUUGUUUGUAUCAUGUUCUUUUAAUUAAUUAUUUACUAUAACUUGUGUAACUGAUGGGUUUUUUCUUCUUCUUUGAAGUGAAUUAGAUUGGCA